UCACGUCAAGCCGGGUCAGGUCAGAUCAGGGCAGGGCAGAGCAGGCCUCAGGAUGGCCGGAGGGCGCGCCGGUGUGCUCUGCGUACUGCUGGCAGCAUGCCUCGGCUACGGAUAUGCAGCGUGUCCCGACAUAACAACAGUGAUAGUCAACAACUGGGCAGAAGACAAGAACGGGACUAUGAGAGAGGUGCCUGCAGCCGGCGUUACCAGCAUCACGUUCGUGGGCAAUGAAACAGAUGACCAGUUCGACGCCAGCCAGUAUGUGGAUGCGACGCUGAACGAGACAAGCCAUCAGAUCGUGUUCAGCACGCUGCCUAGUAUGGACGGCGUGAGAGACUACAAUCAUUCGGCAAACAUCAAUUCUAUGACCGGGACGUGCCAGAUGGAGUGCGGCAAAGACACCGGCAGCUUCGAGUUUACCGCCUACGUCAAAGACGCCAACACAGCAACACCUAAGUUCAGCCUUCCGACGUAUACCGUGCAUGUACCGGAGAUGUUUCCAAAGGGCCUGGCUCUGCCGAACUCAGCAAUAUUCGCCUCAGACGCCGACGCCGAACCUCAGAACUAUGCCGUCUCGUUUUCCUUGGACGAGGACGACACUUUUGGCCUCUCAGAUCCCGUCAAAACGUCGGAUGUCGAGCCAACUUACACCGCCCAGCUGGUUCUGAAAAAGCCGCUGGACUGGAGCAAAAUCAAGUUGUACAAUCUGGCCGUCACGGCAAAGGAUCCCGAUGGCCGCUCUGACACGGCCACCAUCAAGGUGGUGGUUGACGACAUCGAUAACAAGCAGCCUGACUUUGAUGAGAUGAGCUACAGCACUGAGGUGGUCGACCCGGAGGCGCUGGGGCCGUUGAACGUCACCAUUCACGCGACCGAUCCGGACGCGCCCCACACUCUGAAAUACACAAUGCAAGAUCCUUCGGGAGCCGGCUGGGACAGCUUCUUCACGCUGAAUCCGGAUACCGCCGAGUUCAGCCUAACCCAGUCGCUUAAGCAUCACCUCAAUAGCACCGCCACGGCCAUCACAUUUCUGCUGCAGGCGACCGAGGUGGGAGGGGAAGGCUUCUACAGUCGGGCGGCCUUGGUGGUGCGGCUGCCGGCUCAGGAGAUAACAACGACGCCAGUUGCCAGCUGCUCCUUCCAUUUCAGUCGUGCCAAGCAAUGCAGCUGA